UCGAUAAGGCCAAAUCAGACCAUCGCUGUUCCCAGCUGAUCUCCAAAAUAAUUACCGCACGUGUGUUUAAAUUGUUUACAUUUUUCAGAAAUUAAACCUCACAAUGGGAAAGCACAAGAAAACGCAGAAGGUGAAGAAGCAGCGCAAUGCGCAACUGAAACGCCUGAUGAAGCCCACGGAUGCCCGCAUCAAGGAUAAGAUUCGGGUAAAGAGAAAGAAGCCCGAGGAUCCGCACAAGGUGAAGCUGCACGAGGCCACCCAGCAGAGCUCCGCCUUGUUCUUCCAGUACAAUACGCAGCUGGGACCACCGUACCACAUCGUCCUGGACACGAACUUCAUCAAUUUCAGCAUCAAGAACAAACUGGACAUCGUGCAGGGAAUGAUGGACUGCCUGUACGCCAAGUGCAUACCCUACAUCUCUGACUGCGUGCGCGCCGAGCUGGAGAAGCUGGGCAACAAGUACAAGCUGGCCCUGCGCAUCAUCUCCGAUCCGCGGUUCGAGCGCUUGCCCUGCCUGCACAAGGGCACCUACGCGGACGACUGCCUGGUGGAGCGUGUGCGCCAGCACAAGUGUUACAUCGUGGCCACCAACGACAAGGACCUGAAGAACCGCAUCCGCAAGAUUCCGGGUGUGCCCAUCAUGUACGUGGCGGCGCACAAGUACGCCAUCGAAAGGAUGCCGGAGGCGUACGGAGUGAAGGCGUAGACAGUUUUGGGUCAUAUAUCCUAAGUGUAAUGUUUUAAAUAUAAAUUUAACUUAAGCCGCA